GAACGCUGAAUGGCAAUUUGAAAGAGGCUCGCGCUUUUUCGAUCUCUUAUGUUCAGUGCAUUGCGAAUUUUUAGUUGAAUUAAGAUCCGAACAUUCUGCUAGAUUAAGUGUGAGGCCAACACUCGCAGAGAGUUUCGAAGGACUGAACAAACGCGUUAUGUACGACUCUAUGUUUUACUACCUCUCGAAUAUGCCACGCUGGCAUGUAGUGGCAUUUGCGUUCGGUGCUUACGUUGUCUACUACUUUAUAGAGGUAGUUAAGCGUCCGAUACUUGCCUGCACCGAUGGUGCAUUCAAAGAGUUUCUUCAGCAAAACAUUCCAACACUAGAAAUGAAAUUUUGGCCCACAUUCUGGUGUGUGGAGAGUCGAGCACAAACGAUUUUUGCGAGCUUACUACGAUCGCAAAUUAUACCCAACAUAAAUUAUAGAAGAGAAAUUUUCCCACUAAAAGAUGGUGGUGAAGUCGCUUUGGAUUGGUUGGAUAGAGGUUGUCAUGCUAAUGCGCCCUGCAUUAUUAUCCUACCGGGUCUGACAGGGGAAUCCCAAGCAGAAUACAUCAAAUGCCUUGUCAUGGCGGCCAAUGAUGCAGGCAUGCGUGUAGUCGUAUUCAACAAUCGUGGCUUAGGUGGCAUUGAACUCAAAACCCCGCGUCUUUAUUGCGCCUCUAAUUGUGAAGACCUCUCGGAAAUUGUACAUCAUGUGCGCAAAAUUAUUCCCGCGCAUUGUAAGUUAGGCGCUACUGGAAUUUCAAUGGGGGGCUUGAUUUUAGGCAAUUACCUGGUACGUAAAAGUGAGGAGGCGCACUCUUGUUUAACGGCUGCAAAAAUCAUUUCGGCUCCUUGGGAUGUUCAUAAAGGAACUAUAAGUAUAGAGAAACCUAUAUUAAAUAGUUUAUUGGGUCGUCACUUGACCUAUAGCCUUUGUCGCACUCUCGACAAUUGUAAGAUUUACAAGGAUCAGGAUAUUGAUUUGGAUCGUAUAAUGUCGAUUCGAUUUUGCUACGAGUCGUUAAAUUGGUAUCCUGAAAUCCGCGUCGUCGUAUCGUAA